AUGAGCCUGGAGGAUCUUCUCUUUAACAUGUACAGUGAGCCAAAAGAAAGCAAAGAAGAAGUGUUACAGGAUAUUAAGAAUAACUCUGAAAACGUUGUCAUCAUAUUUGAUGGAAUCACAGACACAGACCUCUCCUCUCUGUCGGUGGUAAAGAACCUUGUGGAGAACCUCCUCCCGGAUGCAAAGAUUGUGACCACAUGCAGACCAGAUCAAUCUGAAGACUUCCUGACAGACUGGCCCGUAGACUGGUUCAGAGUGGAGGUGAAAGGGUUCAGUGAUGAAUCCAUCAGGGCUUACUUAACACAGAUGCUGAGUGCUGAGCUUGACUCCUUGAGCAGUGUGUUAAACAACCUAGAGUUGUUCAGUCUGUGUCAUGUCCCAAUUCAGUCUGCAGAGAGAAAGGUUGGCUUGGACCUGAACGGCUGCACUGUGUCAGACCAAGGAGUAAGGCUGAUACUGGGCUCUCUGAAGAAUAGAGAAAGGCCUCCCCUCCUCCUAGAAGUGCUGAAACUCCAGCCAGAGAAGAAACCAGUAGAGCUGAAGGGCUGGUCAGAUGAAGAGAGUGAAGUGAGGAGUUUCCUUCAGUGUCUGUCCUACAUCUCACAGCUGAGCUGUGAUGAUGACAGGUUCUUCCAGACUGUGUGUGAAUCCAUCCCUGUGAGGUCCAGAGAGGAGGACCAGCAGUUGGCCUCUCUCCUCCAGGCCUUGGGCUCCACCCUGUCACUGGGAGGAGAGUUACCCAGGAAAACCUGCAGGUCUGUGGGGAGAGUCCUGGGUCUCUGUGCCUCCAGAGUGGACCUCACUCUCACCCCCAGCAAGAUCUCUCUCCAAGGAGCCUUACUUCUUUUGAGACAUGAGUCAAAGCUCCACAAGCUCAGGCUGAAUGUGGGUAUGGCAGUGAAACUGUCCAGACUGGUUAGGAGGACAGAGAGAGGUGCUCCUCCACUGACUGUCCCAGAACUGUCCCUGGUCCUAAAGAGCAGCCAGCCACCAGAGAGAGUGUUAUCCAGGGCUCUGAGUAGUGUGGCGUCCCUGCUGAGACUCUGGAGGGUUCAGUGUCUGGACCUGACUGAUUUCUGGUUCCAGGGUCACUCUCUCAUCACACUGCUGUGUCACCAGGGACCUCUCUCUCUCAGACUGAACUCAGACACUCUGCAGCAGCUGACUGUAGUUGUGUAUGAAGCUCAGGACAAGGACUUGACUCAGUGGUUCCUGGAGAAGGUUGGUGGAGACCUGACCUCCUGCAGGCUGGACUGGGAAGUGCUUCUCUCUCUGCUGCAGCAUUCAACCCACAACAUCACUGUGGACCUCAGGAAGAACCGGCUUCUAGAGAAGAACAUCUCAGAUCUUCUCCCCUUUCUGGGAAGAGUUACUCUCAAGAGGUCCAGUUCCAGCUUUGUAAAGUCCUCCAUCAGACAGAUCUAUGACAGUAGAGCCAGUGACUGUGUGUCCAGUUUGUUGAGGUCUUCAGACCAUUGGAUCAACCUGAACAGCAGAGAGCUGGACAGAGUGGACUGUACUGCUCUGUGUUUUACCCUGCAGCACAGCCACCAAGUCAAAGUCAACCUGCUGUGGACCUCCAUACCACCGGGGGCGAUAGAGAGCAUCCUGCCUCUUCUGGACAGAGUCUCCCAACUCAGUGUUGACAGGAAGUUACUGUUGAGUUUCCUCCAGUGCUGUGCUGCCUCUCAGAUCCAGCAAGGGGCACCACCACCACCAACAGCAGUAUGGCUGCUCAGGUCUCUGCACUACAGGCUGGACUUCUCCUGCUCCUCCUCUGUGGACCUGUCAGCUCAGGACCAGGAGAAGGCUCUGUGUCUGACCACUGACCACUGCAGGGACAUCAGCUCUGUUCUGAAGCAGAACCAACACAGCACCCAGCUGGUCCAGAACCAGGUCCAGCUCAUCCUAAGAGACUGUGAGGUGGAGGACAGAGCACUGAGAGAGCUGCUUCCCAUCCUGCAUAUUGUCAAGCUGAGCCCCAGCAAAGCUCUGCUACUUCAGCUGCUGGACCUUGUGUGUGAGGGGAUUGAAGAGGGGCUGCUGAGGCACACAGAGUCCCUGUGCAGAGCCCUGGAUGGGGAGCUGGACCUCAGUGAGACCAGGCUGGACCAGAAGGCCUGUGGAUCUCUGGCCCUGGUUCUGGAACACUCAGAGGGUCUGUCAGAACUGGACCUCAGCCACUGUCAACUCACAGACCACCACCUACAGCCCCUGAUCACACACCUGCAUAAAGUACAAGUCCUGGACCUGAGUCACAAUGACAUCACUGAUGCUCUGACUGACAGAAUACUCCAACUGGUCUCUACCAACACUUCAAUACACACCGUACGACUCUUCAACAACAGAAUCAUGAACAGAACCGCUUUCCUGACAGACAAGAGGUUUGAGAUCUGAUUAAACAUCAGGUCUUAGUCCAGGAAGAGGAAGAGAUGGCUGUUAGGUCUUGGUCCAGGAAG